CGUCAAAUCGGAUGUUUCUCUCGUGGGUUUCCAAGUGCGAGCUGCUUCAGUCGCCGCCGGAGGCCCAUGUCCUCAAGGUGUUCAAUGAAGGGUGCCAGCGUGGUGUGUGCUCUAUGGUUGUGGGCUUCCUCAGUAAUCCCUCGGAGCAGCAACAAUCGUCCACAGACGCCGCCCAGGCCUCCCCAUCGAUGGUGUCGGUGCUCACCACCCCCACACACGUUCGAUGGGCAAUGGAACCACUGGGUCACAGUUUUGCUCUGAGCAUGGAAGACAGCGAAGUCAUUCUUGGCGCAAUCGGCGUCUACGAACGAUGGCUCGGUCUUGGCAAUGCAGGGCUCGAUGGCCGUCCAAAGUGUAUGCAUGCGCAGGAGCAAGAAUUCAUUCGGGACCUCCUCGGCCACAUGUCUCUCCUCUUCGAAGAUAAAGAUGGACAUCGAUCCAAUCCAGAGCUCAUCGCCACCCACGCAUCUCUUUGCCAAACUGUGCUCGACCUGUACUCCGCCCUCGGACGCAAACGUGGCGCCCAGAUGACCACGGCGACUUGGGACCAUUUCCUUCGUCUCCUUCUCGGAAUCACGGAUUGCAUCCUGCACGGGUCCAAGCACACGCUUGCUCUGCCCCUCUGUGCCCACCUCUUUCGCGUCACGCUGGAACAGUUUAUCCUGUCGCUGCAUGUGACAGGUGUAAAAGGGGAGCUCUGGAACAUGCUGCUCAAAUUUUGCCGUCGCUGGCUUCACCGAAAGGCCGUGAUUGAGCAAUGGCACAAGGCAUCGCUCGCACUCACCCAAACCCUCAUGGGGCGCCUUGUCGUACCAUCGUCGGCCGAGUCGAAGCACUCAUCGUCGCUCAGUGUUACCAUUGCUUGGGUCGACAACGCCCACGUAACCAAAUUUGAGCUCGCAAGUCCGUUCUUGGCGUAUGCGUGGUACCGCGUCAUGCGCGUGAUCGGCCACCCGAGCUUGUUUGUCGAUCCAGAUGUCUACCUGGCUGCUAUCACUGGCGUACACCAUCUCGCCCAGGUGCUCAGCUUUGCCAAGCCUGCCGCGGCCACCGGAACGACCCCCAGGCAGCCGCAGCUCCCAGACGUGAACACGAUCCUUCGCAUUCUCGGUCCAUGGCUCUUUGACGCGUCGCUGAACCGGGCGCAAAUGACACGAUUUGCUUUGUGCCGUGCGGAAGCCAUUCGAUGUCUUGGUGGUCUCCUCUGCGGUCAUGGCAUCGGUCGAACGAAGCAAGUGACAUGGCCAUUCACGAUUCGAGCGCUCAUGGCGAUUCAGAAGGCGCUCCUUGACACAGACGAAGUUGUGGUCGCGGCGGCCGUCGUGAGCUGCUCGCGCAUCUUUGGAACGCAUGGCACCCACACAUUGCGAGGCGUUGGCGUGUUGGCGGGCACCUUCCACCAUGCCAUUGACCACAUUCUGAGCUUAACUGUCAACAAGGCGGGAUCGACGACGGCACGCAAAGACGGUCUAGCAGACAAACGGUCGUCCAUGGGGUCGGACGUGGGGGAAAACGCGCCCGCGACGGUCGGCGGCGUCUCGAUCAAAGCGUUGAGAAAGGCGUGCAUUGAAGCGUGCAGCUCCCUCCUGACCAUCCAUUCCCACUAUCCCCUCGCGAUCACAAAGCAAGUGGAGAAGGCGCUCGUGGCCAACGAAAACCUGGACGAGAACCUUCCAGGCAUCUACUCGUCCUUGCCGCGCUACCAGAGCUCGAACGUUGUGACGCUGCUUAUCAACUACCUUAAAACCGAACAAGACCCGACCAACCAGCAGAUGGCCAUGUGGCAACUCACCAUCGCCGUCCAAAAAGAAGCGCUCUUUUGGUCCGUCGGGCUCGCUUCCACGCGCAACUCCCAAGUCCCUGCAACCAUCAGCACCAUUUGCUCCUUCGUGACCAAAGUCCCCAGUCGAUGGAAACCCGCCGUCAUCUUCACCGCCCUCGAGUGCCUUCGGUACCUCACGAUCGUCAGCGAGCACCUGUACAAGCACGUGUUUUCGUCGUGUGUGUUUUUGAUAAGCUGCGUGUGCGAGUUUAUGGCGACGAAUGCCCAAAUGCUGCGAUCGUCGCGCACGCCGCCUCCAUACCUGGACCAGCUCAUUGCGUCAGCCACAUCGUGUCUGCUAGAAUGGGUCGUCACGACGCCGCAGCUGCUGUCCAAGGCCCAGAUCAUGGUCAAAGUCAUCGCAACGACCGUCGACGCUGCCGAUUUUCACUUGGACUUCCCCCCCACGACGCCCGAUGCCGACUUGGCAACCCGUCUAAGCGCUCAGCAUUUGCUCGAAUACCUCGUUAAGCACCAUGCUCAUGGCAGCCACGAUGGCGUCAAACAAAUUUAUAACCCAGCCACGACCCAUUACACGUGGAACUUGCACACGGUGGUGUCCAUAUUGGAGACGCGGGAUUACGUCCACGUGACGUUGCGCGACUCGUCGGGGUGCUACCAGUGGCGCACACACCCGCAAUACUUCCCGUCGAAAUUCGCCUCGCUGUCUGCGCCGCCUGCCCCCGCCACCACUGCACCAUCCCUCCCCCAGGAGUCUUCCACUGUGGCCACGACCUCGUCGACAGCUUCCACGACGCUGGAGGCAGGCUUGAACCCGCCUCCGUCCGACCCACUUCUCCGCUCCCUUCGCAAGAACGCGGCGUCUCUAACGAGCUGGAAGUCGGAUGGCUGGGAGGGCAACACGGGCGGAAAGCAUUCCGACUCGUCCGCCAAGCGUCAUGAAGCCCAAGUGACUCUCUUUGAAACGCUCCUGCAGGCGCAAGCGACUGACUUUGCUCAAAAUCGACGCGUCGCCACCGUCAACUUGCUGGAGGCACCAGUUUCGGCCCCGUCCACCACCCACAUCGCCCGCCGUCUGCUCUCUCAACUGGGAUUUUUGUCCGUUGCUAGUUGGGGGUCGUUGCUGCCGCUGGCCCCGUCCGCGCAGCUACAGCAGGACCUACAGGCUCUCGAUCGUUUACCGACGCGUGAAACGUACGAGAUUGGGAUUGCAUAUGUGGUGAACCAGCCGUCUCGCGCCGGCUACGACGUAGUCGAGGUCGUGUCAGCAACCACCGCCAGUUCGUCGGCGUGCUCGUCAGCCUACCUCGCCUUUGUCACGACCAUGGGCACCGCUGUGGACGCGCACUCGUACGGUGGCUUCCUCGGCUACCUUGACCGAAGCAGCCCUCGCACCCCCGCGCUCGUGUAUGCCCAGCACAACUACGAAGUGGCGUUCUACGUCCCAACGCUGGCACCCGCACACGGAUUGGUGCUGGACAAGGCCGAGGUCUUGAUUGUAUGGAACGAGUGCCAGCAAAACUACCGCCCAGGCACGGCGCUAUGGGCUUCUGCGUACAACCUUCCGCAUCCGAAAGCCAGUGUGUGCAUUGUAAUUGAUCCGCUGGACGACGGGCUCUUUUGCGUCCGUAUUUGCGUCGACGGGUCGGCCUUUGACUUGUCCAAAGGAGAUGGUGCCACAGAUGCCGACGACACGUUCAGCGGCCGCGUCUUGGGUCCCUUGCAGGAUGGCAUGGUCGUAGGCAGCGAAUGGCUUGGCCCGUUGAUCCGGCAGACGGCGCUCAAUGCCAUGCACGUCCAUCGACUGCACUUGCGGUACAAGCACUCUCUCGGACUGUCGUCGCAGUCGCCGAUUCGACCACAGGAGAAGCGGACCAAGCUCAUCACGGCCAUCGCGAAGCAGCAUAUGGAUCCAAUGCUCCCCGGCGACUUUUACAGCUCUCUCUUCGUGCCUGAAGCGCCGGCCACCCCCGUCGCAGGAUAAAAUCGUAAGAAGAAGCGAGAUCGUGGUGCAAUCAAUAUUAAAGGUAAAGGGGAUGGAUGUCGUGG